GGAAAAUUUAUUUAUCAUAUCAACUUCGAUAUAGCCGUGUAGAGAUAGCAGCAAAUUAAAUCUGAGAAAAAUUCAAUGUGUGUAGUUUGUCCAGGUCAUUUAUCAAAUCAGAAUCGUUGUUGCAAGAAACUAAAACUGAACCACCAUAAUGGCGGAGCUUUUGUCCCGCGAGAAGGAACUCUUUAAGAUUAACCAGGAGCUCAACCUGCUAACCCUUAGCCCCGCUGCCGAAUCCUUGUAUCCGGCCAAAGGAUCACCACGAUCCACAGCGGUGGCAGUGCCACGAUAUGCCACCUUUCAGAAACACAAAGGACCGAGCAGCCUGCUCCGGAAGAAGGGUGUAGCCACAGCUCCCACGAAACCCCUGCCGGCAGGUAGAGAUGCUGCUGCCCCUGGCAGAGGAGUAACCACAUCGCCACAGCCCGAUACGAAUCUGCUGACCAAGUCCAAGGCGCCCGACUGGAAGCAAACGAAGACCACGGCCGUUCCCACCUCUCCCACCAGCCGCUUCGUGUCCCGGUUUAGUACUUUCACGCGGGAUGUGAGCAGCAAGACAGCCACGUAUGUCAAGUACCGGAACCCCAACUUCAGCGAGAGUCCUUCGCUGGACGAACUGCUGCGCAACGACGCCGAGGAGACAGCCCGGCAGAAACAGGAUGUCGUCGAGGUAGAGGUCACCCAGAAGCGAGAGAGCACAACCAUCGUCAAUGGCCAGGGUCAGGUCAAGAAGCAGGUCACCAAGGACAACUUCAUCAAAUUCCUCAAGGCCAAGGUGGCCAUUCUAGAGGAGGACCAUGCCCAUCACGCCAGCGAGUUGACCCGGCAGAAGGAGCAGCUUGAGCUCGCCCUGGAAGCCCAGCGGAAAUCGGAGAAUCAGCGCGACCAGGCGCUCAACUCCAACAAGCAUCUCUCCGAGCAACUGUUGCGGGCCGAGCGGCAGUGCGACGAUGCCAACCGGCGGCAGAAGGAUCGGCAGCAGGAGUUCACCACCCAGCAGCGGGAGCUGGAGCAGCUGAGGCGGGAUGCCAAGGUGUCCAGGCAGACAAAUAUGAAUCUGGAGAACCGACUGUCCCGCGCCCAGGAGGAUGCGGACACGGCUCGCCUGGAGCUCAGGCAGCUGCGCGAGGAGCAGCGCGACCAGUUGGAGGCGCAUCGAAAGGAGCUGAAGCAGCGGGACAGCCGGAUCCGUGCCCUAAAGCGGCAAAGGGCAGAUCUGCUCAAUGCCUACAAGAAACAGCUCUACCUGCUCGACAACUUAAAGCGGCAGACCACCUGCCUGGAGCAGUCGGCGGCCAUAGGGUUUGGCGAGAAGGAGUUCAACAAGGUGCUCGAGUGGAACGCUAAGACGUGAGCCCGUCCAGCCCAGGCUAAGCAUUUAAGUUAAGCAUAACACAGCAAUGUAAAUAAGUGGAAUAUAAUCACAUUUUAUGGUCUCACUCGAACAAA